AGGGGCUUGUGCUUGAUUCUCUGGAGUCGCUCAGUCCACAUGUGGAUUGGAUCUUCAAACAACCAAUGCGACCGACGGGAUGAACGUGUGAUUGUUUGGAAAGAGAAGGAGAUGGAUAAGAUACGCGGUGUCCUAAUUAUUUCGGCAGAAGGGAUGCCAAGAUUGUGUUGAUGUGAUGCAGGGUAUGGAAUUGUGACACUGAAUAAUAAUGACAAGAGUUAACAAUACUGGCUAUGAGGCUUGUUUGAGUGGACUGCGGAGAAAGUUAUGUAGCAGGAGGGUGCGGAGGCUGGCAGGCUGAGGGCGGUCAUUGGUGCUGAGUGGCUAGCGUGCCGAGCCCGAAUGGGACAAGCGCGCAUGCAGAGGCAGGGAGAAGCGGUGCCUGGUUAUUUCUCUUUAAACAUUUGCGCUGCGGGUAUUGCAGCCGCUUCCUCUCCUUUGCUCUUUGUCCUCUUAUCACCCAAUGUUUCGGAGACGGACAGUCUACACCCUCCUAUGCCUUUUGGCAACUGUCCUCGUCGGAACCGUCCUGGUCCUUUCCUCUAUAUCCUACUACCUCUCCAUCAACCCCGCCGCUUAUAUCUCAGAAGAGGAGCUCGAUGCACCCUUUAAUGUCUCGCGCUGGAACGCUUCAGAGCAUGGCAAGGUUGAACGCAUCCCCCGAAUCAUCCACCAGUCUUGGAAGUCAGAGACGUUACCUGCUAGGUGGGUCAAUGUCUCACAAGGUUGUCGCGACAUGAUGCCAGAUUACGAGUACAUGCUCUGGACUGACGCGAGUGCUCGUGAGUUUAUUGCGGAGCAUUAUAGUUGGUUCCUCGACACCUUCGACGGAUACACAUACCCCAUACAAAGGGCUGACGCUAUCCGUUAUUUCGUCCUCUACCAUUACGGUGGCGUGUAUCUCGACCUAGACGUCGGAUGUUUGCGUCGCCUUGACUCCCUUCUCACAUACCCUGUCGUUCUGCCCAAAACAAUCCCUGUCGGCGUCUCCAAUGAUCUCAUGUUCGCUGAGAAAGGACAUCCGUUUAUGGCCCAAACUAUUCACAACCUCGUCACUUUCGACCACUCAUGGAUUCUCAAUUAUCCUACUGUCAUGUUUUCCACUGGUCCCAUGUUCCUGUCUGCCCAGUACGGCCUAUAUACCUCCUCGCAUCCUCCCACGCCUGAGCAGCCAGGUGGGGAGGUUCGCAUCCUGCCUAAAGCACUAUACGGCAAGAAUGCGAAACCGGACGAGGCACCACAUUCGUUUUUCGCUCACUACUACGGAAGCAGCUGGCACGCAGAUGACGCUGCUUUUAUCGGAUUUUUGGGCAAAUGGGGCAAGAUUCUCAUGUGGAUAGGACUAGGUGUCCUGAUCUUUGGAGUGUUGAAGAUGGCAUUGGCGUCUCAUGGCAAGAAACGGAAGUAUAGUCUCAGGCGUAUUGGCGGCUACGAAGUCCUUCUGCCCCGAUGGAAGACGCACAAUGGUCGGUGGUAUCUCGAUAUGGGUUGGUUCACGUUGCCAGCUUCGAACGCGCCCACGCCUCAACCCGCCUCACCUCUCUCACUGUCUUCAGAUGAUGAAGAUGAAGUGCAGUUACUACCUUUGGCGCUUGAAAGCGGAUCCACAUCGCCAACAUUAUCAGACGCGUCGUCGCUGCCAGACUCCUAUCACUCAAGUCCGCAACCAUCCUUUGCACAGCCGAUUGUCGAUGUAGUACGACGUGCGGGCCAUCGCUUCCGUUCAUACUUGACAGGGGACUCUGAUUAUACCCCUCUGCCCUCUAACCUCUCACGCCGGUCGCGCUCCCGGAGACGAAGCCGAGGCGUUUUAUUCUUUAUGCCCGCAGUCGCUACGCCUUCACACAGGGUUGAGCUUCCUCCUGCACGAAGUGUCUCACGUUCCCGUGCUUCUCGAACACCUCCUAACGGCCUACUGCAAACUGAAUACCCACCAGACAAGUCACGAUAUGACCACGACGAGGAGGAUGGUUUUGGCCUGGCGCCAGACCGCUCCAGUGACAGUAGAAGGUAGUAGACAGGUGACCAUAGGCGUGUCACCGAAAACACACCGGCAUCGGUAUACCCUCUGUUGGCGCUCCACUGCUCAUUUUUACCCUGUGGAGAGCACGCAGUAUAACUAUCUCUCCUUCGAUUCUUCGGGUAUUUCUCACGUUGUAUACGGUGUGAAUCCUGGACUUUCCAUGGGACAUUGUUGACUGACAGUUCCGUCUCCGGUAUCAUUAAAGCGAUGAUUUUCCUUUUUCCGUCAUUCGUUUCUCGUCUUUUGACAAUGGAACAUUAUCAUCACCAGCUUCCCUAGUGUGUUGCUUACUGCUGUCCGUUCGUUCAACCGUCGUGGAUUUGCGAGAGACAUUACUCUUUAUAUAUAUAGAACUUUAUAUCAUACCAAAUUGUAGUUAAACGUUUCCGCCACACAAUCAUAAACUCACCUAAACAUG